AUGGCGGCCAUGGUUUCCCCUAAUUCUUCAUAUGGUGGAGUUCUAAACUACGGCUCUAGAACUCUAAAUUAUACUUUCAUAGUGAGAGAAGAGGUUUUGUUACACAUGAAAGGCCAAGGAUUGAGCUAUAAACAAAACUUGAAUUUGGCACGUUCUGUUGAUCUAUCAAGUAAUAUGAUGUCCGGAACAUUACCUCUAGAAAUUUUUGCUCUCACGGGAUUACAAUCCUUGAAUUUGUCUCAUAAUCAAUUUGGGGGGAACAUACCAAAGGAGAUUGGCAACAUGAAACAAUUGGAGUCUAUUGAUGUCGCAAAUAAUCGACUUUCAAGUGAAAUUCCCCAAAGUAUGACCGAAUUGUCUUUACUAGCAGCCUUGAACCUCUCCUUCAGCAAUUUCAUUGGAAAGAUCCCAUUAGGCACUUAA